GCAGGCGCAGCGCCGGGACAUGGCGGCCGUGCGGGUGCUGCGGCGGGCGGUGGGGCUGUGCCGGGGCCGCGCCGCCUCGGGGGCGCGCCCGGCCCCCGUGCCCCAGCGCAUCGAGGAGAAGCGCCGCGCCGCGCUGCUCGGCGGCGGCCAGGCCCGCAUCGACGCCCAGCACAAGCGGGGAAAGCUGACAGCAAGGGAACGAAUUCUGCUGCUGUUGGACCCUGACAGUUUUGAUGAAUAUGACAUGUUUGUGGAACACAGAUGUACUGACUUUGGGAUGGACUCUAGUAAGAAUAAGUAUCCUGGUGACAGUGUGGUGACUGGCCGUGGACGGAUUAAUGGGAGACUGGCUUAUGUUUUCAGUCAGGAUUUUACUGUAUUUGGAGGCAGUUUAUCUGGAGCUCAUGCCCAGAAGAUCUGCAAGAUCAUGGAUCAAGCUGUCAUGGUUGGAGCACCUGUGAUUGGGCUGAAUGACUCUGGAGGAGCCCGUAUCCAGGAGGGAGUGGAGUCCUUGGCAGGCUAUGCAGACAUAUUUUUGAGAAAUGUUUUGUGUUCUGGUGUCGUUCCCCAAAUCUCCCUCAUCAUGGGCCCUUGUGCUGGUGGAGCUGUGUAUUCUCCUGCCUUAACUGAUUUCACAUUCAUGGUGAAGGACACAUCCUACCUGUUCAUCACUGGGCCUGAUGUGGUGAAGUCUGUCACCAAUGAAGAUGUCACCCAGGAGCAGCUCGGGGGUGCAAAGACACACACUACAGUGUCUGGAGUUGCACACAGAGCCUUUGAGAAUGACAUCGAUGCCCUGCUGAACCUCCGAGAGUUCUUUAAUUAUUUACCCCUGAGCAACCGGGAUCCAGCUCCAGUCUGCGAGUGCCAUGAUCCCAGUGACCGUCUGGUUCCAGAGCUGGACACCAUUGUCCCAAGUGAGUCAACCAAAGCCUAUGAUAUGCUGGAUAUCAUACACUCCAUUGUGGAUGAGAGGGAAUUCUUCGAGAUCAUGCCGACCUACGCCAGGAACAUUGUGGUUGGAUUUGCCAGGAUGAACGGAAGGACCGUUGGGAUCGUGGGCAACCAGCCCAAAGUAGCCUCAGGGUGCUUAGACAUCAAUUCUUCUGUGAAAGGAGCCCGCUUUGUUCGGUUCUGCGAUGCCUUCAACAUCCCCCUGAUCACGUUUGUGGAUGUCCCUGGGUUUCUGCCAGGCACGGCUCAGGAGUACGGUGGGAUUAUACGUCAUGGUGCCAAGCUGCUGUUUGCCUUCGCAGAGGCAACUGUGCCUAAGAUCACUGUCAUCACCAGAAAGGCCUAUGGGGGUGCCUACGAUGUGAUGAGCUCCAAGCACUUACGAGGGGACGCAAAUUACGCCUGGCCCACGGCCGAGGUGGCCGUGAUGGGAGCCAAGGGGGCUGUGCAGAUCAUCUUCAGAGGAAAGGAGGCGGAUGCGGAGGAGGAGUAUGUGGAUAAGUUUGCAAACCCCUUCCCUGCUGCCAUGAGAGGGUUUGUUGAUGACAUCAUCCAGCCUUCGACCACCCGCACACGCAUCUGCCAUGACCUUGACGUGCUGGCCAGCAAAUCCCAGUCCAGCCCUUGGAAGAAACAUGCCAACAUCCCACUGUGAGGGCCCUGGAGGUGGCUCAGGCAGGGCUGAGCCACCUCCCACUGCUGGGAAGUUGGACCCCUGUGGAGUUCAAGGGUAUUCCACCAGUCACAGACCUUGGAGUCUCUCUCCACUUUCUGCACCGCUGACUCUGGGAGCAAAAUCCUGAGCUUGGAUUCCAGUGCCUGGAGCACAGGCCCUGCUGAUUCUGGACUCAGUUGUUCUGUUCCUCUGGUAGUGUGGCCGGUGGCAGCUUUUCCCUGCUGGCUGCAGCAACUGGGGUGCAGAGCCCCAGGAGACGUGGGUGGCACAGGGGAGGCACAGCCAGCCCCCUCUUAAGGACAGCAGUCAAAAAGGGUAGUUUUGGUGGGACGUGCAAAGCCUCCUCCCUCAGCAGAAGCUGGAAGAGAGAUCUCCAGAGGCCCCUCCCAGCCUCCUUUCUCUGGGAUUGUCUGCCAGCCUCACCAGGAACCACUGCAGGAGGUGGUGAUCAGUUGCUCUGAUCAGCCCUGGGCCUGUGCUCACCUGCUCAGUAGAAGCUGCAACUUCCCUGCAGCCCCAAGGCAGUGAGGAACAGCCACUGGCACAGUUAGUGCUGCUGCACCAGCUGCCAGGGAGGGGCUGUGGUAGCCUGGCUGCCCUGAGUAACUCAUUAUUGUGAGACAGAGCCUCCCUACCUGCACUGCAGCUGCUGCUGCUCGCUCCCCAGCACCAGCCUGAAGGAGGAGAGACGCAGGAUGUCCGUGCCCCAGGUAGCUUCUCUUCCCAGGAAAGUGCAGUGAGUAGAGCUGUGGAGCUUAGAGCCUCUACCUGGGGAGGAAGAAGCAACACCUAAACAUCAUCUAAAAGCACAAGAUCAAAGGGGCACUUCAAGUAGGAGUCCCAGCUCCCCAGGUUUUUGGAUGCAUGGGAGGCAGCACCUUCAGGUUGCAGACACGCUGGCUGUCCUGGCUGCACCACAUUGAGGGGAGCAGCAUACCCUCCAUGUCUGUGCCUCAGCAGGAAAAGGGAAAUGGAAAUGUUACUGUGUUGGGUCAUGGCCAUGGUGGGAGUUCUUAGUUAACUGUGAGCAAACUGUAAGGGUUUAUAAUGCCCAAGGUUUUUCAGAGGAACAGCUGGUUUAGAGGCAGAAGCUGUGAUAGCUGAAGGGAUACAUAUACAGCUUCCUCACCUUCAGCCUGUCCAGAGUCAGGAGACACUGCAAGAGAAACCUAAUUGUCAUAAAGAGGAAAGUUAGCUUUGUUAGUUGUUUCCUAACCUCAGUAUUGCUGCAGACUCCAUCCUGUCUCCCAUCCCUUGCCAGCACAAGAACUGGGCUUUUAAAUCCUCUCCAUUUCCAAACAGGCAGUUGCUCUACCAGGACAUGUUGGAAACAGGCUCAAAAGCUGCUCUGAUCAGGCUUCUGAGAAUUUCCUUGCAGUCCAGUCACCUAAAAAAAAGAAGAGGUACAAAAAUCAAAUCCCUUCAACAAUGUGCAGCCCUUAAACUUAGCAGCAAGGCAGGUUACUUAACUGUGUUCCUCAGUGCAGCAGGAGUUGCCAUAACUUACAAGCAUUUGGAGACAGCUUUCAGGCUCUGUCUUGGGAGUAGUUGAGACCUUGAAUCAUCCCUGUGCCUCAGCUGCUGCAUGUUAUUCCUCUUCCUGAUUCCUGAUUAGUCCUUAGGAAGUGGGCCAGGUAAAGCAGUCAGUUUUCUCUAGCACUACAGAGAUGAAAUCAUUCAUGGGUUGGACAAAAAUAGCACCUUGCUCCCUGAGACAUGGGAGUAACAUGGACAUUCUGUUUCAGGAAUGUGUGAAGCUUCAUUUAGCCCAGCUGGUUGGUAGAGCUUUCAAGCCUUUCCCAUGGCACUUUCUUCCCAGAGACUCCAGGUCACUUCAGACAUAUAGAGCAGAAGAGAGAAAUUCUUCUCCAACCUUGUGGCAGUUCAAGAAACUGUAAGUUUUAGCAGUGCAGCACUUGCACUUGGUGUGGGACAUUCCCAGAUUACAGCAAUCUCACAUUAACCCACCCCUCUGCCCCCCACAACCAAAGCACACAAUGGUGGAGGGGAGAAAGAAGCCCAGAGAGGGUUUCCAUCCCUCUUGAGGCUGAGUGGGUAAGGGAGUGGGGUGCAGGUCUGGUUGUGAGGCCUGGACUACAUGAAAGCUACCUGUCAGUUUUGCCUUUAAUAAUUCCUUGAAUUCCUACUACUAAAUGGGAUGACAAAAUGUGAUGGUCCAAACAAGCACUUAAAAGAAAACUAUAGUGAAGAGGGUGCUCAUCAUACUCAUGAUUUUUGAAUAGUUUAUUAAAUGAAAGGUGAAGCAUCAGUUUUAAAUUGUACAAAAGGAAAAAAAAAAAAAAACCUCAUAUUGUAAAUGUACAAUUUACAGAAUUACUAGCAAAACCAAUCAAGGAGACACUCAUAAUACAAAAACCUAUUGACUGCAAACUGAACUGGAGACCCAUUGCAGGUACCAUGAUAAUAAAUGUCUCGUUAUACAGUAUUCUACAAUGUUAAAUUAGGAAUCAGUUUUCCACACAGAGGACUGUGAAGCACAAGGUUUGUCUGAGACUCUGACUCAAACUGGGCAGCACCUGUUGUGCCACCAUGCUCACAGAGUGAUCCUGGGACAGGUCCUGCAGCCAUUCCUGCCCCCAGGCCGUGGGGGUGCACACAGGGAGGUGACAGGGUUUAUAAAAUUCCAGCUACUUUGUGGGAUCGAUACAUCCCCAACCCACGCUAAGGAAUGGCUGAAUUACCUGGUCAAACAUUUUUGGCAACCGUGUCUGAGAAGUGCACGUGUUGUGAGAGCCAAGCUCAGCUGGGUGAGGUGAAUUUGGGCUUUUUCUCUGCCACGCUGGGCACUGAGGGGUUGGGCUGGUGUCCAGUAAGCUCGAAACAGAAAAAAGCUCCGUGAUUACUCUGCAGUUGCUAAAACUAAAGCACCUCUGAAACUGCUGUGCUCCAAGUGGGUCAGUCUGCCUUGUAGCUCAACUGCUACAGAGUGCAGCAGAUGAAGGUUUUGGGGCCAAUUGUUGGAGAUCUGGAGCUGUGGAGGGCCAGCACUGCUGCUCCAGGCCAGGCUGGGUAAAGGAGCAGCUACUACAUCGAGUCAUAAAAUUGAAGCAUAAUGAAAUUUCAAAUUAUUGAAGACAUUGAAAAAUAUCUUAGUACAAUGAAUUAGCUGAAAAUGUUUUGGGGGUUUUUUGGAAUUUUUUUUGACUUUUUAGCUUUUUUGAAAAAUCUUUUUUUUUUUCCCAAAGAAUUACUCUCAAUAUGCACAGUUAACACUGAAAAUGUAGCUGUAUUCCAUUGUAAGCUUAAGAACUUCACCAUCUAAGCACAAAUUUCUAUGCAGCACAUACAGUACUUCUAACUGGCAAAAUUAAUUUACAAAAAUAGCAGAAAAGGGUAUUUACGGCAUGGAAAGUAGACUCUGUUUUAUGGUACAGUUAAAAUUACUUUUAGUAUGCUAAAGUGAUCCUUUCCCCCACCCUUGAACUGUUUUUUUUUAAUAGGAAAGUUGCUGUUUAUGUACCUUGUGUUGGCAGGCUUGAAGUAGGUAGUAAAAACAGCAAAGUGAUUACUUGAGAACCGUUUGUGUGUUUUACUGAGAAUACUUUAUUUGCUGGUAUAAGUUGCUAAAAAUGCACAGAGCAAGUACCAAUAGAAAAUUUACUGUUUUUGUGUCCCCAUGUGCUAUAUAAAAUGAAUGUUACACAGCAUCUGUUGGAAAAGUGGCUUCAUGGACAUCUCUUACUUUAUGUCCCAUUAUAAAUAAAAAUAAAUCUUCUCAAGAGUAUAAAAUCUGGGUUUAUCAUAUCAGAAUCUGAAAUUUUUUGGCAGAGAUGCACGUCAUUAGAAUUCUAACCUCUUCUCUGAGAGUGUUCUUCUCCAUGCCUAUGAGAGGACAUAAGCGUACCAUAAUGUUAAUCAAAUCCAGUGUGUUCCAAAACACUUUUCCGUAGCCAGAACGACCUGCUUACAGCAGCCUUGCUAGUCAGUGGCUGAUAGGCAUAGGUUUAAUAAAAAUGGCUAGCUUUGAAAACAUAAAAAGGCAAAUGUUAAAACUGUUUUAAAUUGUACAGCAGAAAAAUAAAGUUAAAAAGUUCUGUUUUCACUCAA